AUGAAUCCCGCUCAGACUUCGAGCUCUAUGAGCCUCGUGGUACAUGAGAAGCUAGAGUUAGCCAAACAUGACGAGGACGCGACGAGACUCAGAGAUACCAACGCAAAGGCAACCCAACUAUUGGGCGACAUUCAGACAGCACUUGCCGGCAUUACCGGCUUGAAGCGUGCUCAAAACUGGAGCAAGUCGAUUGAGAAGCUCCGGGCCGAGUACAAAAUGCCGCGUUUCGUCAUCGGCGUUCUGGGCGAUACCGGCUCAGGCAAGAGCUCACUCAUCAACGCUGUUCUGGACGAAGAGAGAGUUGUUCCGACCAACUGCAUGCGAGCCUGUACCGCAGUAAUCACUGAAAUCUCAUGGAACACAAACGAAGAUCCCGCAAAGAAGUAUCGCGCGGAAAUCGAGUUCAUUACCCAAGCAGAGUGGACGACUGAGGUUAUUGCUCUUCACCGCGACAUUCUGGACCUGAACGGCAAUCUUUCUCCGGACAUCAGAAACAUCGAUAGCGACGCCGGCAUUGCGUACGCUGUAUUGAGAGCAGUUUACCCAAAGCAUACCGACCAGCAGUUCAGAGAGACUGACCCCUUUGUGCUUGCGAAUUUCGUCAAGGUGCGGGAGGUAAUCGGAAAGACGCAGGUUGUUGAAGAGGCAGAGUGUGGCUCGUUCUAUUCGAAGAUCCAGUCAUUCGUGGAUUCGGAAGAGAAGCACAGCAAGAACGCCGCAGAACCUGCCAACAAGGCGCCUCACGAACAGACAAUGGCCUUCUGGCCCCUCAUCAAAGUUGUCCGUAUCUUCCUGAAGUCAGAAGUUGUGUCCAGUGGCGUUGUACUAGUGGACCUGCCUGGAGGUCGCGACUCCAAUGCUACUCGAGCAGCCGUUGCCGCGAAGUAUGUCAAGGAGUGCUCGAGACUCUGGGUCGUUGCACCCAUCACCCGUGCUGUGGACGACAAGACGGCCAAGACUCUUCUCGGAGACCAUUUCAAGCAGCAGCUCAAGUACGACGGUGCUUACAACAACAUUACCUUCAUCUGUACCAAGGCGGACGACAUUUCUCUCGACGAGGCAGCGCCGAGCCUUGGCAUUGAGAUACUCAUUGCAAAGGAGCAAGAGCGGAAGACUCGAACGGAGAAAGAGAUCGAGGAAAAAAAGGGGGCAGUCACCGCUCUGGAGCCUCAGAUUUCAAGCCUGCAGGAGACAUUGAAUAACAUCAGCAGAGACAACAAAGAAUGGCAAGGACUUCGCAAGCUGGUCAGCCAGGGACUCAGAGUGGUUGCACCCACGACAUCCCCACAGAAGCGGAAGCAUUUCCAACCUCUGACUGCGGAAGAACCUGUUUCGGCCAAAAAGGUGAAGAAAGAAUUCGAGUCUAUUGACGCUGAUGACACCAGCGAUGAAUCGGACCUUGACGACAAUGAUGACGCCGACGACGAUCAGCCUGCACCUCUGACUCUUGAGGUCACGCGAGAGAAGUUGGAUGAGCUCAAGGCGACUAAGAAGUCUGUGAAGGAAGAGAAGAAGAACAUGGUUGGACGCAUGUCGCAGCUCAAGGAGGAAAUCAAAAACCUCAGAAAGCAGCGCUCAGACAUCAAGACCAACAUGCACAGGCAGUGCAUCCAAGGACGCAACAUGUACUCCCGAGAUGCCAUCAAGCAAGACUUCGCGUUUGGUCUCAAGGAGUUUGACGAAGAACUGCUUGCGGAGCAGCAGCAGAAUGGCCCGCAACAGGCCCAAGGUGAGACUGACUAUGAGCAGAUCGGAAACAACCUUCCCGUCUUCUGUAUCAGCAGUCGCGGCUACCAGCAGCUGAGAAACCGCAUGAAGAAGGACCAAAAGGUUGUUGGAUUCACGUCGCUCGAGGACACAGAGAUCCCGGGCCUUCGCUAUCACACCCUCGAGUUGGCCGCGGCCAUUCAAGCCAGCCACUUCCGGCACCAUCUCAGCGAGAUAUGUCGUCUCCUGAGCGCGUUGGACCUCUUUGUUGCUGGAGGUGCUGCCAACCUCAAGCUUUCAGACAAGGAGAAGAAGCAGGAAACGGAAAACCUCGAGAAGUCACUAGCCAAGCUAGGAGCGGCACUUGUUGAGGUCAUCACUCGAUGCAUGACGGAGUGCAAUGUGAUUGUGAAGAAGAGAAUCUUCAAGAAAACUGGAACGGGCGCCUCCAAUGCUUCGGAAAAAGCCACGUCUACCGCUGAGGGCUGGGGCGCCAAGCACGAUGCUGGUGGUCUUCGCUACAUGACCUACAAGGCGACCUGUCGCCGUUUAGGGGUCUUCAAGGGCGCAGCUGGACCUCGUGACUUUAACGAGGGCAAGUACACUCAGUUGCUUAAGCCUCUCAAGCACCACACCGCUCAUGCCUGGGACUCCGCAUUUCGUCUGCAGCUUCCUGAGAAGCUGAAGACCUUGGCAACGUCCAUGAAGCAUCUCAUCGAUGCCUUCCACGAGCAAAUGAAAGACCGUCGUUUUCUUGUACAGAACAACGACAUCGUCAAAGACAUCAUCGUGAAGCUCUUGGCUGCUCAGAAGGAGAAUCUGGUCCACAUUGGCAAUGAGCAGCAGAAGAUGUUACAGGAGAGUGGAAAGCAUGCAAACCGAUUGUUUGGGCCCGCCAUCCAGACGUCUAUGCUGCCGGCCUACAACGGAUGCGUCCUCCAGCAAGGCACUGGCUCCUUCAUCGUCAUGAAAGACAUCAUGAGUACGCACGUUGAAUCCACGAAGAACACAAUGUUCAAGACUGCUGCCAGAGACGUCGAGAACGCCGUCAACAACAUGCUUCGAAGCCUCGAGUCGACAGUCAAGGAUGAUACCAACAAUGUGAUCAACGCGAUGCAGGAAGACUACAUUGGCCUUAUUGGAGAAGUGGCCACCGAGGCUGAUAACCGUGCUCGAAAGACGUUGAGCCCCUUGCUCAGAGAGUUUUACAACAAGCUCGAUGCUGCUUUGACUCCCGCUCCUGAGGAGGAUGCCGCCUCCCAGCCUAUCGAUCUUGAGAUGGCCGGAGGCGGAAGCGAGGACGAGUACCGGCCGGACUCCGAAGGGAGCGACUGA